AAAGCUGACUCGUAAAAAAUAUAAUUUUUAAUUUUAGAAUUUCAUAAAUUUUAAGCAGAUUUUGCAAUAAAAACGAAAUUUGUGUUAUAGUUAUAUAGUUAUUUCAAAACAAAGUCAUAAUUUAUGUUGCACAGGCAUACUUCAUACAAAUAUUCCAGCAAAAAUUAAAUCGAAAACUUCUCGGUGGCAAAAAUAAAAUCCCCAGAUUUGUAACCAACUUCAGUGCCAGUCAGUAGCUGUCAAAUUUUCUCAAUUCUGAAAAUAGUCAAACAAAUAAAAUAUUUCAAUUUUUGCAAUUUCUUCGUAAAUUUUGAGUUCUUCGGGUUCCUUGAGUGUUGUAAAUAGUGUAUAAAUUUCUGUUAUGUUAUAAUAAGACUGAUCUCACACUUUGUAAUUGGACCUAAGGGGCAAUGUCAAAUAAAAACACAAUUAACGCCAUGAACAACAGUGGAGGCCUCAAAUCAGUUAUUGAUUUGGACCAUAUAUGGGGGGACCUCAACCUUGGCAUUCGUCAAGUUUAUAACCGGGAAAAUAUGUCUAAAAAGAGAUAUAUGGAAUUGUACACUCACGUAUAUAACUAUUGUACAUCAGUGCAUCAACAAAACAAUGGUAGGGGUGCUUCAAACUCAACAACUAAAGGGAAGAAAAACCAGGGUGUUGGUGGAGCUCAGUUAGUUGGCAUGGAGCUGUACAAGAGACUUAAGGAGUUUCUUAAAAGUUAUUUGAUCAAACUUUUGGAGGAUGGUAUCCAUCGAAUGGACGAAGACGUCCUAAAAUUUUACACCAUUCAGUGGGAAGAUUAUCAGUUCUGCAGCAAGGUGCUGAAUGGUGUUUGCGCCUACCUCAAUCGUCACUGGGUAAAAAGGGAGUGUGAAGAAGGACGCAAAUACAUAUAUGAGAUUUAUCAGCUCGCCUUAGUUACUUGGCGAGAUCAUUUGUUUAAGCAGCUUAAUAAACCAGUAACCAAUGCUGUUCUUAAACUAAUAGAAAAGGAACGCAAUGGAGAGCCAAUAAACACUCGUUUAGUUUCCGGCGUUAUUAAUUGCUACGUUGAAUUGGGCCUAAACGAGGAAGAACCUUGCGCUAAGGGCCCCAAUUUAAGUGUUUACAAAGAAAGCUUUGAAAAUGUCUUCCUUGAAGACACUGAAAGGUUUUAUACUCGGGAAAGCAACGCUUUUUUGGCUGAAAACCCGGUAACCGAGUAUAUGAAAAGGGCUGAACAACGGUUAAUCGAGGAACAAAAACGUGUGCAAGUUUACCUGCAUGAGACCACAAGUGAGAGGCUAGCAAAGACUUGUGAAAGAGUUUUGAUACAGAAGCAUUUAGAGCUGCUGCAUUCUGAAUUUAAGCAAUUGUUGGAUGCCGAUAAGGAUGAUGAUCUCGGUAGGAUGUACAGUUUGGUAGCUAGGAUUCCUGAUGGUUUAGGAGAGCUACGUGGACUUCUCGAACAACAUAUCGCCUCUCAGGGACUUGCCGCAAUUGAAAAGUGUGGAGAAGCAGCACACAACGAUUCUAAAAUCUACGUAAACACAAUCUUAGAAGUGCAUAAGAAAUAUAACGCGCUCGUAUUAGUCGCUUUCGGAAAUGACAGUGGAUUUGUCGCAGCUUUGGAUAAGGCUUGUGGAAAAUUUAUAAACACAAAUGCCGUAACGAAAUCGGCAAAUUCCUCGAGCAGGUCGCCGGAAUUGUUAGCUAAAUAUUGCGAUUUGCUUCUUAAGAAAUCUAAUAAAAAUGCCGAGGAAGCGGAGCUGGAGGAUACAUUAAAUCAAGUGAUGGUUGUAUUUAAGUAUAUAGAAGACAAAGAUGUGUUCCAAAAGUUUUAUAGCAAGAUGUUAGCCAAACGUUUGGUGCAACAUAUGUCGGCCAGCGACGACGCAGAAGCCUCAAUGAUCUCGAAACUGAAACAGGCCUGUGGGUUUGAGUACACCUCGAAGUUACAGCGAAUGUUCCAAGAUAUUGGGGUAUCGAAGGACCUCAAUGAACAGUUUAGAAAUCAUAUGAAUAAUUCCAAUGAAUCUUUAGGUAUAGAUUUUAGUAUUCAAGUUUUAUCUUCUGGUUCCUGGCCGUUUCAACAGUCUUUCACGUUUAGCUUGCCAUCAGAGUUGGAACGUAGCGUUAGUAGAUUCACAAACUUCUAUGCAAGCCAACAUUCUGGUAGAAAACUAAACUGGCUCUACCAAAUGUCCAAGGGUGAGCUGAACACAAAUUGCUUUAAAAAUAGGUAUACGCUACAGGCUAGUACUUUUCAAAUGGCUGUGUUACUUCAGUUUAACGUGUCCGACACGUGGACGAUCGCGCAGUUAGAAGAAAAUACGCAAAUUAAGCAGGAUUUUCUUAUUCAAGUAAUCCAAAUUUUGCUAAAAGCCAAAUUACUCAACUGCGACGAGGAUGAGAACGACAUCACUUCGAAUUCAACGGUUUCGUUAAACGUAGGCUUUAGAAAUAAAAAACUUCGAGUAAAUAUAAACAUACCAAUGAAGACGGAACUGAAGAUGGAACAAGAAACUACACAUAAGCACAUAGAAGAGGAUCGAAAAUUGCUCAUUCAAGCAGCUAUAGUUAGGAUUAUGAAAAUGAGAAAAGUUCAUCAACAUCAACAGUUGGUGGCGGAAGUACUAAACCAGCUCUCUUCAAGGUUUAAACCUAGGGUACAAACUAUCAAGAAAUGUAUAGACAUAUUAAUCGAAAAAGAAUAUCUAGAACGGACGGAGGGCCAAAAGGACGAGUACAAAUACCUGGCAUGAUGGGUUCCCACGACCAUAAAACUAAUUUAUUACGUCAUGAACUCCAUUUAUUUAUUAUUACUUUUUGACUCUGACGGUGUAAUUUUUUUGUUUUGAUUUUUAAAUAUAUUUUAUUUUCGGU